UUGGGAAAACCUGUCCGCGGGAUCCUGUGUCAUCUUUCCCUGCCUGUGCACAGGAAAAGUCCGCGCUGCUCAAGCCUGCUCGCUCCCCCUCUGCUCUCUCUCUCUCUCUCUCUUUCUCUGUUUCCCUUUCAUUCUGCUUCCUCGGAGCGGAAUGAAGCAGAGAGAGGGAGCAGGAUUAGAGUCUGCCACCGGCUAUCAGCGGAGCUGAGAUAAAAGGAACGGCUUCUUAAGCGCCACUGCCGCAGCCCUUGUUAAUUUUUUUUUCUUCUUUCCACACAACAGUUGUGCCUCAUUAUCCGGAGCCUGGCUCGAUUUUUUUUUUUUUUGAGGGUUUGAAGUUUCUGUGAUUCCGUGACUGUUACAGAAGAAGAGACGUUAGUGUUGCCAUGAGGUCUUGAUUGUCUGCAUUUAUGAAUGAAACUGACCUAAAUCACCUGUUACCUCCAGUUUCCAGAUUGUUUGAACUUCUCUGGCCGCACAAUACAGGAAAGAAGGCUGCAGCAGCCCAGGGACCUCCAGCGUCUGCAGCAUGGGCUGGUUCGCUGGGAUUGCCUGUCUUUUCUGGGGUGUAUUACUUACAGCAAGAGCAAACUAUGCAAACGGGAAGAACAAUGUGCCAAGACUGAAAUUAUCGUACAAAGAAAUGAUGGACUCCAACAAUGUGAUCACUUUCAAUGGCUUGGCCAACAGCUCCAGUUAUCACACUUUUCUUUUGGAUGAGGAGAGGAGUAGGCUGUAUGUUGGAGCAAAGGAUCAUAUAUUUUCAUUCAACUUGGUGAAUAUUAAAGAUUUUCAAAAGAUCGUGUGGCCAGUGUCUUAUACCAGAAGAGAUGAAUGCAAAUGGGCUGGCAAAGAUAUACAGAAAGAAUGUGCUAAUUUCAUCAAGGUCUUGAAGGCUUAUAAUCACACUCACUUGUACGCCUGCGGAACUGGGGCCUUUCAUCCAAUUUGCACCUAUAUAGAAGUUGGACAUCAUCCUGAGGACAACAUUUUUAAGCUACAGGACUCCCAUUUUGAAAACGGUCGUGGAAAGAGUCCUUAUGACCCCAAACUACUGACAGCCUCUCUCCUAAUAGACGGGGAGCUAUACUCUGGAACCGCCGCCGACUUCAUGGGCCGGGACUUCGCUAUCUUCCGGACGCUGGGGCACCACCACCCGAUCCGGACGGAGCAGCACGACUCCCGCUGGCUCAAUGAUCCUAGAUUCAUCAGUGCUCAUCUCAUCCCAGAGAGUGACAACCCUGAAGAUGAUAAAGUGUAUUUUUUCUUCCGAGAAAAUGCAAUAGAUGGAGAACAUUCUGGAAAAGCCACUCAUGCUAGAAUUGGUCAGAUAUGCAAGAAUGACUUCGGCGGACACAGAAGUCUUGUGAAUAAAUGGACCACAUUCCUGAAGGCUCGCCUGAUUUGCUCUGUGCCGGGUCCCAACGGCAUUGACACCCAUUUCGAUGAAUUGCAAGAUGUAUUUUUAAUGAACUCUAAAGAUCCUAAAAAUCCGGUUGUCUACGGAGUGUUUACAACAUCGAGCAACAUCUUCAAGGGCUCUGUGGUGUGUAUGUACAGCAUGAGCGAUGUAAGAAGAGUGUUCCUUGGCCCAUAUGCUCACAGAGACGGCCCCAACUAUCAGUGGGUGCCAUAUCAAGGAAGAGUCCCGUAUCCACGGCCAGGAACUUGUCCGAGUAAAACAUUUGGUGGCUUUGACUCCACAAAGGACCUUCCUGAUGAUGUCAUAACCUUUGCCAGAAGUCAUCCAGCCAUGUACAACCCAGUAUUCCCUAUUAAUAACCGCCCAAUCAUGAUCAAAACGGAUGUAAAUUAUCAGUUCACGCAAAUCGUUGUAGACCGAGUGGAUGCAGAAGAUGGCCAGUAUGAUGUCAUGUUCAUCGGGACAGAUGUUGGGACUGUCCUUAAGGUGGUCUCCGUCCCCAAGGAGACGUGGCAUGACUUAGAAGAGGUUCUUCUGGAAGAAAUGACAGUCUUCAGGGAACCCACAACUAUAUCAGCAAUGGAGCUUUCUACGAAACAGCAACAGCUCUACAUUGGCUCAGCUGCUGGGGUCGUCCAGCUUCCUCUGCAUCGCUGUGACAUUUAUGGCAAAGCCUGUGCCGAAUGCUGCCUCGCCCGGGACCCUUACUGUGCCUGGGAUGGGUCAUCAUGCUCCCGCUACUUUCCCACUGCCAAAAGACGCACAAGACGACAAGACAUAAGAAACGGAGACCCGCUAACCCACUGCUCAGACUUACAACACCAUGAUAAUCACCAUGGGCACAGCCUUGAGCAGAGAAUCAUCUAUGGAGUAGAGAAUAGUAGCACGUUCUUGGAAUGCAGUCCUAAGUCACAGAGAGCCUUGGUAUACUGGCAAUUUCAGAGGCGAAAUGAUGAUCGGAAGGAGGAGAUCAGAGUGGGUGACCACAUCAUCAGGACAGAACAAGGGCUCCUGCUUCGCAGUCUGCAAAAGAAGGACUCGGGCAACUACCUGUGUCACGCCGUGGAGCACGGAUUCAUGCAAACUCUGCUGAAGGUGACCCUGGAAGUCAUCGACACGGACCAUUUGGAAGAACUUCUGCAUAAAGAUGACAACGGCGAGAGCUCUAAGACCAAAGAAAUGUCGAGCAGCCUGACGCCCAGCCAGAAGGUCUGGUACAGAGACUUCAUGCAGCUCAUCAACCACCCGAACCUGAACACGAUGGACGAGUUCUGUGAACAAGUGUGGAAAAGGGACCGAAAGCAGCGCCGGCAGAGGCCAGGGCACCCUCAAGGGAGCAGCAACAAGUGGAAGCCCAUGCAAGAGAGUAAGAAGGGUAGAAACAGGAGGACCCACGAGUUUGAGAGGGCACCCAGAAGUGUCUGAGCGGCACCACCUCCCAAAACUUCGAACAAGUGCAAACUUGCUUAGACAAUAACUGGAAAAAUGCAAUACAUGAUGGACAUGUCCAAGGCACUAUGUGGAUGUUUACAGUGGUGGGAAAUUCAGCUGGGAUCCACCAAUUACAAUCAAGGCUGUGGGGAACUUCCCCAGCAGGCUUUCUUCAGAGUACCGAGGCCUGACAGAGAUCGCAGGUGAGCAGAGAUGCUCACAUCAGCCGACCUAGUAUUUCCUCCAAGAGUUCAUUUUGCUUUCUUCUUUGCCUGAGAAAUAUAAAAAAAAAAAAAUGUCACUUGCCAUAUUGCCAUUGAGGGUAGAAAAACUGUAUCAGCAAAGCCAUGUUGUUGAAGCGAGCGUUGAAAAUAAACUGCAUGGAUUUAGUAAGCAGAUGAAUAUUCCAAAAAGUGAUUGGAAUCCAGGAUGUUUCGUCUCCCGGCACUCGCGUUUGUGUGUACGGGAGGAGUGAGAUAAGGCGAAGGGACGGAGUGAAAUAGCGUGUGGAAAUGUACAAACAUAAACCAGCCGUCAUCCGGAAGAAGAAUGGAAUACACUGAUCUACUACUGAUGUCUUCUUGCAGCUUUGAUCUAAAGAUGUAUUUUAUUAAAACUAUAAUUUAAAUGUACCAUUACAAAUAUGCAGUAAAAAAGGAGCUGUUUUCUAAGCUAGAGUAGGUUUUUGUCUUACACUUAUUGUGCUGUGUAAUUUGUUUAAAACUUUCAACUGCGGGCUGCUCUUUUUCACAUUUUGUUUUCAGUUCUGAAGGGGUUAGUGUAUUACUUUAGAUACCAACUCUUGCCAUUAACUGUUAAUUAUUGAAACCAAGAUAUGAUUUGUGAUUUUUCCCUUUGAGGAGAGCAAACAAAUAGAAGGUUUCCCCACCAUCCCCACUUUUAAGGUAUUAUCUAAGUUAACCGUGAGUUGCAUAAAGUUCUUAGCCAACUGAAAAAUUAAGACAGCACAAAAGGAAAGAAGACAUUCGUUAGACGCAUUCUGAAGGAUCACAGAAAAAAGAGAACUGUGUGUAUCUCAUGGAAAUCCCAUUGUCCGAUCAUAGUGUUAAUAAAAUGUCUCUUCAUUCUUUGCUU